AUGGCUGAUUGGCUUAUUGGACUUGUUUUAUUGAUUAGUUCAAUAAUUUGUCUUCGUCUUUUAUUACUUGUUAAAAUUCUUCAAUCACUACUUAAAAGAAUAGUGAGAAAUAUUAUUUUUAAAGUAAUUAAUAAAGAUUUUCCAGAAAUAUUUAAACAUCUAACACCAUAUUCAGCUAUUCUUGUUGGAUGUAUAUUAACAAUAUUAGUUCAAAGUAGUUCAAUAUUUACAUCAACAUUAACAUCAUUAGUUGGUAUUGAUAUAAUAACACUUGAGAGAGUUUAUCCAUUUACAUUAGGUUCAAAUAUAGGUACAACAGUAAUUGGUAUUAUGGCUGUAUUAACUACAACUAGUGAGAAAGAUAUAAGAAAUCCAUUACAAAUAGCAUUUUGUCAUAUUUUUUUCAAUAUUAUUGGGAAGAUAUAUCUUCAAUAUUUAUAUUUAAUAUUCUAUAUAUGA